CACGACAUGUCAGUGUCACAACACAUAAGUGUGAACGUUGCCAUACAAAUUCCGCUUAGCUGGUUUAUAUUUGUCUGACGUGUUGUAUCGUGACGCAUCAGAACAGAAUCGGUAUCAUACAUUUUGUAUGCGACACAUCAGAAACAGAAGCCAUCACGACAUGUCAGUGUCACAACACAUAAGUGUGAACGUUGCCAUACAAAUUCCGCUUAGCUGGAUAUAAAUUUGUCUGACGUGUCGUGUCGUGACGUAUUAGAACAAAAUCGGUUUCAUACGUUUUUCAUACGACUCAUCAGAAGCCAGCACAACAUGUCACAACACGCAAGUGUAUAUGUUGCCAUACAAUGAUUCCGAUUCUGAUGCGUCACGACACGACACGUCAGACAAAUAUAAUUCCGCUUUUGGUCUGAAUCGUCUUGUAUUGAUCGGAUUUGGUACGUAAAGAGCCCAAGUUGGAAUUAAGUUAAUUAAGAUCUUUUUGGGUCAUGGUCACUAACAUUUGUUACAGUUUCGUGCGGAACGAAAUGACAGAUGCGUCACCUGUGUCACGGACAAGCUGUCACACCCCAGUAAUUGUUUAAUUAAUUUGAAUAAAUAGGGUAACCUAAAAUGGCCGAAACAGCAGCGGGUGGAGAAUCAGAACCAAAACCUAUAAAGGACAGUCCCGUCAUACAGGAUGAAGGCUUUUUCCAACACGACACUGGUGACAAGUACGAGGGUUUUUUCGAAGCUAAGAAAAAGGACAGAAUUGUGAAAAUGCAUGGUACAGGCACUUACACCACAGCAGAAGGCGACAUAUACAGCGGAACCUGGGAAGCCGACCGUCUCGGCGCCAACGAAGAAGUCUCCAUCACCUUCAAAGAUGGUUCCAAAUAUGUGGGCCAUUUUGAUGACUGGUCCUACAACGGUCAAGGCAAAUACAUAUAUCCGGACGACAGUGUAUUAAUGGGCAACUUUAUUGGGAACAUUCCAGUGGGUGACUUGACUCUGGUCGAUCCGAACGGCCACGAAUGGGUGGGAAAAGCGGACAACGGUUUCGCUUGGCUUGACCCUGUCAAUCACUUUUAUGAAAUGUUAGAAAGGUCUAGAGACUUGAAGAAAUACGUGAAGUCCGAUUUGAGCGCGCGCUCCACGGUGUCCAAACUUAAAAUGGUACAAUCUGUUAUUAAUGAAGAGCAUGUUGAAACAACAAAUAUAGGUAAUACCGACCAAGUUAAUACCACGGAGGGUGCAACUUAAA